AUUGCUGUUCGAACAAUUUUUGUAGAACUUCUGCAACAGAGUGCACAUCAAAACUGGCAAAGGACAAGACAGAUGGCAGUGAGCGGCUUCGAUAUCGAUGCCCCACGCUGGGAUCAGAGCACCUUUGUGGGGCGACUCAAGCACUUCUUCAAUAUCACUGACUGUCGCACAGCCCUGCUGCCCGAUGCCAAAUUGGACGAGGCCAAGGCACUAGUCGAGAGCUGCAGAGCUGGCAGCGUUCCCCCAGGAACCACAGUGGAACAGCUGCAUUACGCUAAGAAGCUGUAUGACUCUGCCUUCCACCCCGACACUGGCGAGCGCAUGAACCUGAUUGGCCGGAUGUCCUUCCAGGUGCCAGGUGGGAUGGCCAUCACAGGCUUCAUGCUGCAGUUCUACAGGACGGUGCCUGCCGUGGUGUUCUGGCAGUGGGUGAACCAGUCCUUCAAUGCCUUGGUCAACUACACCAACCGCAACGCUGCCUCCCCCAUCACACCUAAGCAGAUCGGCGUGGCCUACGUGACAGCAACCAGCACAGCUUUAGCCACAGCUGUUGGGCUAAACCUGUACACCAAGAAAGCUCCUCCGCUGGUGGCUCGCUGGGUACCAUUCGCAGCGGUCGCUGCUGCCAACUGCGUCAACAUCCCCAUGAUGCGACAGCAGGAGAUCCUCAAUGGCAUUGCCGUCACAGACGAGAACGGGAACAAGCUGGGCCACUCGCAGAAAGCUGCCAUCAAAGGCAUCACACAGGUGGUCAUCUCCCGUGUAACCAUGGCAGCCCCUGGCAUGAUCAUCCUACCCAUAAUCAUGCAGAGAUUGGAGAAGUACAAGUUUAUGCAGAGGAUCACGUUUCUCCAUGGACCAUUACAAGUGAUGAUGGUGGGAGUGUUCCUCAUCUUCAUGGUGCCUGCUGCCUGCUCACUUUUUCCUCAGAACUGCUCCAUGGCCGUAUCCAAGCUGGAGCCAGAGCUGAGAGACUCCAUUGUGUCUCAGUACGGGGAAAGCGUCCGUUACGUGUACUUCAACAAGGGCCUGUGAAACUGCGCCACCUGGUUCCAAGGCAAGCCCGAAAUAACGGAAACGCCACCAUCAACCGAUGGGGGGAGUGAGGGGGAGACCAAAGACCCAGCAACCAUGUUUACCUUCUCAGGAUUCAUAUUCACGUACCCCCCAGGAGAAUCGAGCUGACAGAGAGUAGUUUUAAAUGUUUUAGUUGUGUUCGCCAACGAAUGUGUGUCAGGACCUCAGAGUGUUUCAUAGAUCGAAUCGGACAGCCUACCGCAGCAUGUGGAUCAGUCUGCAUGGCACAGGCCCUGAACCUUCUCAUUCCCAGUCGUCUGAAUAUAUCUGCUUGCCCUGAAAGGUUAACGUGCAUAAUCUGGAACAGUGGUUCUUUAGCUAUGGAUCAGGAUCCAAAAUGGGUCCCAGUGAAGUUUGGACUGGGUCAUAGAAAGAAGAAAUGAGCUUGGAAGAAAUUAAAAUGAGUGAGGUUUAUACCUUCACCACUGUGUAAGAGCAGAAUAUAUUUUUGCCUCUCCAAAAGAGAAAUUUGUUUAACAGUGAAAGAUUUAUUAGUAUUAUUGCAUAUAUAGUACUGUCAUAUUGAAGAUGCAUAUAGACUAACUUAACUGUAAAUGAAUAUAAACUGUCAUUACAAUUACUGCAUUCAGGAGAGACCCGCUUGGUUUGGGCAGCUGAGAGUAAUCUUUAAAUACUGAUAUUCAGAUAUCCCAAAAAGAAUAUUUUUUUCUACAUGUUAUUUCUCACCUGUUAAAUAUGCUUUUGCAUCACUGUGAUUGAAAGAGAGGUCAUUGCAUUUUUAAUUGAGUUCUAGAGACAACUAACACAACUUGAAGCAUCUUGUGUCUACCACAGAGAGCAACAUUGUACAAUUUGUCAUGGCAACCACUGUGGCCUAUGGGUUAAGAGAAUAUUCUGUGACUUCUACAGUAGCUGGAUCAGUACAGUUUGACCAACUUACCUCCAAAUCACCUGCCUUAAAAAUAAAGCUUUUGAGGGUUUUUUUGUGCCUUUAAGAAGAUGUGA